AUCAGCGGCUCGUUCAUGAUGGCGUGCAAGAGUGCGCUUGCCGCCGUGCAGCUUGUGCGCGAGCUGCAGCAGAUGUUUCUGCAGCACGCGUGGGGGACGAGUGUGCCCGAGGACGCGUGCCGCAAGUUCGAGGAGGGCCGGGCGGAGGAGGAGACGGAGGGGUACGUGCCGCUGACUGCGCGCCUGGAGGCCGCCGUGUGCCGGCAGCGCUGCGACGGUCUGCGGGUGCGUGUGGGGGUGGGCACCGGGCUGUGCGACAUCCGGCGCGGCGAGGUGACGGGGAGGUACGACUACUACGGCGGCGCGGCGAACAUGGCGCUGAGCACGGCAGAGUGGGAGGAGGUGGAGGCGACCGCGCUGGGCGCGGUGGCGCUGCGUGGGGUUGGGUGGGGGCGGGGUUUCGGUUCCGUAUUUUUUGACGGUUGCUGCGCUGCGCUGGUGGAGGUCAUGGGGCGCCAAUUGUGCCAUUCUCUUUUUUGUGAAAUCCGCUGGUAUCGAUGUCUGGCGUUCUCUCAGCGACACCGAUAG